UUUAGUAAAGCCUUGUUAGCAAAAAGUUGUUUAUGGCAAGCAACAGAGCCCGAUCAGCUCCAUACAAACUACAGACUUUCGCACAUAUUUAAAUUUCCAAGCGUUAAUCAGUAGCUCGAUGAAUGGGUCUAAUUCGAGGGGUACAAUCUUUAUCGGCACCCAGGAAACAAUAGUAGUUCUGAAGAAGUAUUUCUUUCGCUGUGUUCUUAGUUGCAAAAAUUCAGUUUGUGAAUAGUGAAGUGUUCAAGUUGGGAAUCAACGAAAAUGGUUAAUAAUGAAACUAUCGCAAUGAAGGAAUCCUGUUGACUCUAAUUAAAGUACCAAAUUCAAUAAAGCGUAACAUGAUCUCACGGUUCACAGGAUUUCGACGAAAGUUUCGUAAUUUUUACCAAAGAAUAAUAAUUAUAAGUGUUUUGUUACUAUGCUCGGUGUUUUUAUUUUCCUAUUUGAAUUUGGAAUUCUGCUACAAAAUCAUGGUAAAGGGUACACUUAAUAGUAUGUGCUCAUAUUACAAGGAAGGGAAGUACAGUGGGGCGCUAUGUGAAGAACUGUGCAAUGGAGAUUACUUCAAGGAGUUCAAGUGUCCUGAAAAUCGGAUGAAAACUGCGGUUUUCACAGCUGUUAAAAACCAUUACACGUAUUCAUUCCAGAUUGCCAAAGAAGUUACGGAACCAUUAGCAUGGACAGACCGACAAGGACGUCCGCGCUAUCCGCAUAUCAAAGAAUUCCAAAGCCUAAUCAAGAGACAUAUAGCUUUUGCAUAUAACGUAACCAUUGAUGAAGACGUGAUAAAGGCUCUCCUUAGUCAAGAAAUAAAUUCUAAAAGUCCAGAACAAAUGGAAAGCAUCUGGAGGAUGUUUCGCGACAACAAUUAUGUUAUGAGUAAACUUUUUGAAGAGGAAUCUGUGUUCCCAGUUAUAUUGGGCUCAUGUGGACCAUAUUAUGCAACGGAGCAUUUGAAGGCUAUACAUCCUUCGGCCGGAAUCCGACAAUACAUUUCUGUAGACUGGAUUGGACGGCUGAAGUUUGCGUUAGAUAUCAUGGACUACUUGCAAAGAAUGGAUGAAGUUAAACCAGAACCGUUGAAAAUGUGCAAAAUCUUGCCCAAUGAGUUUGGAAUAACAAUAGACAAACGGAUAAAGUACAAAAAUGCACAAUACAUUCAUACUGAAUCUCAAAUAGACAAAAUCAUCUCAGAUGGAUCACCUUGUGAAAUUGAUUCUGAUUGCCGAUAUGAGCAUUGUCUUGGCAAAUGUGAUCCCAAACUUAAAAUGUGCACGGGAAUCCAACAAAAUAAUAAUCUACAGAUCGUCUGCCAGCACAUUUUCAAAGGACAUCGAUAUCUGCCAGGCAUCCUGGCUACAUCAAAAGCACCUCAACACUUGAAAACUCUCAUUGAUAUUUGCGUUGACUCAUCCGAGAAUCCACGACAUCACUUACCCAGUAGACAGCUGACCCCCUCUCCAAAUAUUGCCGCCAAACUUUACAAUGAAAUCAAAAGAGUUUACAAUGAGGAGACCUUUCGCCAAUGAACGAAUACAGACUAUUUGAAUAUUGCAAUUUUUCUGUGAUUAUUUCCAAAUGAAAGGUUCUUUGUAGUUAAGGGAGUUACAUACUUUUUCUAGGUUAGUGAGGAAGGUUCAAACCAGCUGCAUCGGACACACACUUCAUACUCUCGAGUACGCCUCCUAAAACAGGUUUUCUAGGACCUAAAUAGGUGCGGCUUAUAUUAUACUUAAUUGUUGUGUUGAAUUUCUAAUUUAAUUUUUUAACAAGGCUCAAAAAAGCUGAUAAAAGUUUGUAAUAAAACAUAAUAAAAUCUUUGUAUAUAAAUGUGGAAACUUAGUUUAAAAAAAGGCACUAGUACCAGC